AUGGACGACCCCUCAGGCAGUUUCCCUAAAUUUACGUCUUUCGGUGGGAGCAAGGAAAAGGACCGGAAGGGCUCUAGAGAGAGGUCUAAGAGAAGUGGGAGCAGUAGUAGUCACGGCAAAACCUCCAGUGAAAUCAGAUUUGACCGACGUCAUAGCAAGAUAGCGGAAUCUGGGCAUGUAAGCAAAAAGCGGGAUAGAGGACAGGAAGAAGAGAUUAAAUAUUUCAAAGGUGAAUCAGUUUUAAAAGGAUCUGGGAGCCGUCAUAUACCCAAACUUGACAAAGAAGUUCAAGCGUUCCUUGAUAAUGUUACAUCAGAUUUGAGAAACGGUGGUAAGGCUCGCAUUCAGCUGAGUGACCCAAUUCCACCAACACCGGGAUUGUUUGAAUAUGACUUGAUGGGUGAUAAGUACAAUGCGCAAUUUAUGAAACCACAUAAGCCGUCGAUUCCCAAAUAUUUCAGAUCCACUUCAAGAGUAAUCGGAUUGCCUGGUAAUAUGCGAAUUAUGUUUUCUAAAGAUGAUUUGAGGAAUGGAGAUGUCGUCUUGAUUGAAAAGUCAAGGGAUCAAAUUGGUCCUGUUCUUUGGCAUGAUAAUAGGAGUUUCAUAACUAAACGACCAGUAAAAUUUCUAGGAUAUGAUGACCAUGCGAAUGACGAGAUAGAAAAUUUGCUUGAGAUUGGGAAUAAGGAAGCCGACGUCGAGGUUUUCUCUGACCAAUAUCUGCAGACAUUAUUGAAAGGCAGGGCUCUAAUUUAUGACACUCUUAAUAGGGCACCAAAUGACACAGAUCUGUGGCUGAAGGUGCUUGAAUAUGAAGAAAAUAUUCUUCGUUAUUCAAGAGCAGCUAAGAGUAAUGUAAAUGAUAUCAUUGAUACGGUAUUGCAAAGGGCUCUGAGGCAUAAUCCAGGAAAUCGUUUGUUAAUACAAAGAUUUAUAAGAAAUCAAAAAAUGCAAACCAGAUCCUUUGAAAAAUGGAGAGAGCUUGUAGUUGAAUUUCCCAAUGUAGUAGACUACUGGCUUUGCUGGGUAGAUUCUACUUUUCAGCAGUCUGCAAAUAUUUCAGUUCUUGAUGUUAUCAAACGUAUACGAAUCCAAGGCGUUUUUGACCUAUUGGAAGCUAAGUAUCAUGCUCAGGUCAUAUCUCGUGAAGAAAUGGAGCAUAUUUUCGCCGUCCUUAUACAUAAGAUCGGUAAGUUUUUAGUAGAGGCGGGUUACUUCGAGCUAGCAAUUGGAAUCUACCAAGGAUUGAUUGAACUGAACUACUUUUCGCCUUUGGAUGAAUCGCUCGGUUUAGAGAUUACAUUAAAGUCAUUCCAGCAGUACUGGAAUAUGGAGACCCCGCAUAUUGGUGAAAGUGAGGCGGUGGGGUGGCAAAAUACAGAGCAGGUGUCGAAAGUUAGGACAGGGAGUUCAUAUCCUUUACCGGCUAGGUCAAUCGAUUUACCGGGGACUAAAGAAGAGUACAAUCAGUUUCUAGCCUAUAGAAUUGUCCUUUUCCGAGACAUAGAACCAUUUUUAAAAAUUGUUCGAACGAAGAGCGGUAGAUCUGAUCUUCUUUGGGGCUUGGUAGACAUCUUGGAAGCUCCUCUAGUAGAAUGGAAAUAUUCAACUACAUCCCUUAUUCCACAAUCUGCUGGAGGUGAUGAGAAACGUGAGAUCAUAGUCCUGUUUUGUGCUAGAGUGAUAUCGCAAUUGAUCAAGGGGUUGACAUCCAAUGAGAGAAUCAACUUCGUAAGUAACGAAUUUUGGGCAUGGGCCAUGCAAUUUUUAGCAGAGUGGAACCAAAAGCAUUUUGACCGACUGUCAAGAAUCCUGAUAUCUCAAAAUCAGCAAAAUAUGGACAUAUGGACAAACUAUGCUAAUGUAUUAUUCAAGUCGAACGCUACCCUUGCACGGUCUAUAUUUGAAGGUGCUCUAAAGGAUAUGACAAGCGCGAGCAUGAUCAGCCGAAUAAACUGCUGGAAUCACUGGGCACUUGGCGAACUAAAUGUAGAUGGAGACUUUCGUAGGCUGCUUAUCGCACUAAAGUUACAGGACCAAAACAGGGAGAGUCUUCAACAGUUCUUAGAUAGAGCGCCAUUUAGUUUGGAAGUUGGGGUUAGUCGUGUUUUUCUCGAUUAUAUUUUCUCUGAUAAAUUGCAUCAAGGAGUAGCUCUCAGAAAUGUGCUACAAAGAUUUUGGGAGUCAGUCGAGAGAAGCAAACUAGCUGUUGAUUCCUUCACUAAUCGAGCAUUGUUAGCAUGUUUGGAUCAUUAUAAGCGUAAUAACCCAUUAGCUAGCACAGAAAUUGUACAAGACUUUUUAGCCUCUACGAUAUUAAGUCGAACAGAGGAGUCUUGGCCCGAUACUGCAAUAUUCUCCAAACUUGCAGAAGUGGAGAAUGCUUUUGGCCGCAAUUCCAAGUUGUCAGUCGCUAUAUCAGAUAACAACAAUAUUGCUACUCAAAUAUCAUGGCUUGUCUAUAGCCUAAAAAUUUCAAAAUUGAAUAUAUAUUCAAUAAGGGCAGUAUAUGAACGAGUGCUGGGGUCUGACAGUGAAGCUAGGGUCUGUUCUAGAAUUUGGCAUAUGUAUUAUGAUUUCGAGGUCAAUGUUGGUGAAGAUGACAGCUACGAUAGAGCUGCCUCUAUAUUGCUUCGCGGAAUUGAGUAUUGUGGAUGGUCUUCUGAGCUUUAUUAUUUGUGUCUGCAAGAGCCGGUGGUCAAUCGAGUUUCUCCAGUUACCUUGGAGAAUAUAAAGAAAACCAUAAACCAGCGCCUGUUACGUCUGGGAUCUCGGGAUCUCGCAAUUAGCAGCUGA